UUAUUAAUUCAUGACGGUACUAUUCAUCCUACCUCGUGUUCGGUUUAUCGGAAAACCAUUUUGUGCGUAUACCUAUACGAUUCGAACAAAGCCAACGUUAGUUGUGAACAUUAAAAUGAACGGAAUAAUAAGGAAGACAUUACGUUCGCCGGUAAUUAAAAAUUUGUUUUCGCCAACUUCGACUACAGGAAUCGCAAGUAAUCAAUUAAGAACACUGUGGAACGAUUCUCGACGAAUCCAAAUCACACCUAUCGCUUCGACAAAACUAUUUAAGCAUCCAAGUGUUUCUUGUAAUUUCGGUUAUUGUAGGCAUUCUCAUACGAAAGCUGAGAAGGAGCUUGUAGAAUUUUUAGCUGAAGAAAUCAUAGCAGAAAAGAAUGCACAAAAAUUAAAAACUAUUCCUACUGAAUUAGAUGGAUUUAAAGUCUCACUUGAUGGGGCAGAUGUUAAUUUGGAAAAGAAGCAAGAUAAUGAAAUAAUUAGAAUCUCAUUUAACAUAAAUCAUACUGUUGAUUCUGAUUCUGAACCUAAUAUCGAAAUGACUAGUGAUAAUCCAGACAUUGGUGAUAUGAAAAGUAAACCAUCCUUCACAGUUGAUAUAGUUAGAGAAAAUCAAACUCUUGGAUUUACUUGUUCCUUUAACAAUGAACCUGGUGCAUCAGGUGCCAAUGAAAGUUAUAAUGACAUCUUUGGCAUAGAUGAAAUUACUUUAUAUACAGGAGAACAUUCUGACAAAGUGUAUGCCGUUGCUGGUGAAAUUAUUGAUGGGUAUCUAUAUGACUUACUGAUGAAUUAUCUCGAAGAGAAAGGCAUUUCAAACGAGUUUGCGGAGAAAUUGGUUGAGCUCAGUACAAGUUACGAACAUACCGCGUAUGUUAGUUUAUUAGAAGGUCUUUCAAAAUUCACAUCAGGAAAAUAAUUGUUAUUUUAAUUUCUACUAUAUAAUUAAUUAGAUAUAGAGUAUGUUUAUGUGAAAAUACGUUUAUAAUAAAUACAUAUAAUACCUA